AUGAAAAUCUUCUUCUCGGACAACAACCCGUUUGUUUCUCACCGCUCCGUUGGCGUCGCCUGUUUCGCCGCAGGCCUUCAAAACCUUGGGAACACCUGCUUCAUGAACAGCGCCCUCCAGUGCCUGUUCAACUGCGAAGCCCUGGCGGAUUACUUCCUAGGCUUUGACUGGAAGAGGGAGAUAAACAGAGGCAAUUUUCUGGGGCACAAGGGACUGAUGGCUUCGGCAUUUGGAUCUCUGGCCAAUGACAUGUGGCGCAGCGACAAGGCCUCGCUACGACCCGGCGACUUCAAGACGCAGGUUGGAGAAUCCAUGCCGCUGUUUGCGGGGUACGAGCAGCAGGACGUGCAGGAGUUUCUCGCCUUCCUGCUGGAUGCCGUGCACGAGGACCUUAACCGUGUCCCCAACGCCGACCGCAAGUACGUGGAGGCUAAGGAGGCUAAGGAGGGGGAGGCGGAGGAGAUGGUGGCCAUGCAGGCUUGGAAAGGCUACUUGGAGCGGAACAGGUCGAUAAUCGUGGACCUGUUCCAAGGGCAGCUACGGUCGGCGCUGCAGUGCAGCGUCUGCGGCCGCCGGUCCGUCACCUUCGACCCCUUCAUGUACCUCUCGGUGCCCCUUCCCGAAGACAUGAACAUGAACAACGGCGAUGACGAAGGGGAGGGAAGACCGCGACGGGGCCCCGGCGGCGGGAGCGGGGGUCCGGGGAUUUCGUUGGAGGCGUGUAUUCGGAUGUUCUGCGAGGAGGAGGUUCUCGACGGAGACAAUGCGUGGUACUGCUCCAACUGCAAGAAGCACCAGCGCGCAACGAAGAAGCUCGACCUGUGGAAGGUGCCGCCCGUGCUUAUCGUGCACCUGAAGCGAUUCGCGGGAUCGUCAAAGAUAUCAUCGCUGGUGACGUUUCCGUUGGAAGGGUUAGACCUGUCUGAGGUUGUCAAGUCUCCACAGGUGACACAGGGGGGUAAAUUGUGUUGA